GACGUUGCAGGGCGACGCCAGGGAGCGAAAGGGGCGGGCCAGCCAGCGGUUGGCGCUGUCAAGCUCCGCGCUGAUUCGUGAGAGGAGGAGGGAAAGGGACGUCGGCAGGAACCUGUCGCUGCAGUAGGAAAAUGUUUCACUUAAGGACUUGUGCUACUAAAUUGAGGCCAUUGACAGCCUCACAGACUGUUAAGACAAUUUCUCAAAACAAACCAGCAGCACCAAGGACGUUUCAGCAAAUUAGGUGUUAUAGUGCACCUGUUGCUGCUGAGCCAUUUUUGAGUGGGACUAGUUCGAACUAUGUGGAGGAAAUGUAUUAUGCUUGGUUGGAAAAUCCCAAAAGUGUACAUAAGUCAUGGGACAUAUUCUUUCGUAAUGCCAACGCUGGAGCUGCUCCAGGUACUGCUUACCAAAGUCCCCCUCCUUUAAGUACCAGCCUGUCAACAUUGACACAGUCUCUGGUUCAAGCACAGCCAAAUGUAGAUAAACUGGUGGAAGAUCAUCUUGCAGUCCAAUCUCUUAUUAGGGCAUACCAGAUUCGAGGGCACCAUGUAGCACAACUCGACCCACUGGGCAUCUUGGAUGCUGAUUUGGACUCUUCCGUUCCAGCCGAUAUUAUCACUUCCACUGACAAACUGGAUCUUGCUGUAUUCAAGGAGCGGCUGAGAGUGCUAACAGUAGGAGGGUUUUAUGGCCUGGAUGAAUCAGACCUCGACAAAGUCUUCCGCUUGCCUACUACCACUUUUAUUGGUGGAAAUGAAUCUGCUCUCCCACUUCGGGAAAUCAUCUGCCGUUUAGAGAUGGCUUACUGUCAGCACAUUGGUGUAGAAUUCAUGUUUAUUAAUGAUCUGGAACAGUGCCAAUGGAUAAGGCAGAAAUUUGAAACUCCUGGUGUCAUGCAGUUCUCUAAUGAAGAAAAGCGCACCCUGCUGGCUAGAUUGGUCAGGUCAACCAGAUUUGAAGAAUUCCUGCACAGAAAGUGGUCUUCUGAAAAACGUUUUGGUUUGGAAGGAUGUGAAGUUCUGAUCCCCGCUUUGAAGACAAUAAUUGACAAGUCAAGUGAGAAAGGAGUGGACUAUGUGAUUAUGGGGAUGCCACACAGAGGACGUCUGAAUGUACUUGCCAAUGUUAUCAGGAAGGAGUUGGAGCAAAUUUUCUGCCAAUUUGAUUCCAAGCUUGAAGCUGCUGAUGAGGGUUCAGGGGAUGUAAAGUAUCAUUUGGGAAUGUACCACCGGAGGAUUAAUCGUGUCACUGAUCGGACCAUCACUCUUUCUUUGGUUGCAAAUCCUUCUCACUUGGAGGCUUGUGAUCCAGUUGUUCAGGGCAAGACAAAAGCAGAGCAAUUUUAUUGUGGGGACACUGAAGGGAAGAAAGUGAUGUCCAUCCUUUUGCAUGGAGAUGCUGCUUUUGCUGGGCAGGGCAUUGUUUAUGAGACUUUCCACUUGAGUGACCUGCCUUCCUAUACAACCCAUGGAACAGUUCAUGUGGUGAUGAACAACCAGAUUGGAUUCACUACUGAUCCCCGUAUGGCUCGUUCUUCUCCAUACCCAACAGAUGUAGCUCGGGUGGUUAAUGCACCCAUUUUCCAUGUGAACGCUGAUGACCCAGAGGCUGUGGUGUACGUAUGCAAUGUGGCAGCUGAAUGGCGAAGUACUUUUCAUAAAGAUGUAGUAGUGGAUUUGGUGUGUUACAGGCGCAAUGGGCACAAUGAAAUGGAUGAGCCAAUGUUCACCCAGCCAUUGAUGUAUAAGCAGAUCCGAAAGCAGAAGCCUGUGCUCCAGAAAUAUGCAGAGACAUUGAUUUCACAAGGAGUGGUAAAUCAACCUGAAUAUGAGGAGGAAAUUUCCAAGUAUGAUAAAAUCUGUGAGGAGGCCUAUGCCAGGUCCAAAGAUGAGAAAAUCCUUCACAUCAAGCAUUGGCUGGAUUCUCCAUGGCCUGGUUUCUUCACUUUGGAUGGCCAACCAAGGAGUAUGACCUGCCCUUCCACUGGCUUGAAUGAAGAGGAUUUGGUCCAUAUAGGAAAGGUGGCCAGCUCAGUUCCUGUUGAAAACUUCACAAUUCAUGGGGGUUUAAGUAGGAUUCUAAAAACACGUGGAGAGCUGGUUACUAAUAGGACUGUAGACUGGGCUUUAGCAGAAUACAUGGCAUUCGGCUCUCUCCUUAAAGAGGGAAUCCACAUCCGACUGAGCGGACAAGAUGUUGAGAGAGGAACAUUCAGCCAUCGGCAUCAUGUAUUACAUGAUCAGAAUGUUGACAAGAGGACCUGUAUUCCCAUGAAUCAUCUGUGGCCGAACCAGGCUCCAUACACAGUCUGCAACAGCUCACUUUCCGAGUAUGGUGUCUUAGGAUUUGAGCUAGGCUUUGCUAUGGCCAGCCCCAAUGCUUUAGUGCUGUGGGAAGCUCAGUUUGGUGACUUCCAUAAUACAGCUCAGUGUAUCAUUGACCAGUUCAUCUGCUCUGGACAGUCCAAAUGGGUGAGACAAAAUGGCAUGGUGCUUCUCCUUCCACAUGGCAUGGAGGGAAUGGGCCCUGAACACUCCUCUGCUAGACCAGAGCGAUUCCUGCAAAUGUGCAAUGAUGAUCCAGAUGUCUUCCCGAAACUGGAUGACUUUGAUGUGCGCCAGCUUUAUGACUGCAAUUGGAUUGUAGUGAACUGCUCCACACCAGCAAACUUUUUCCAUGUUAUACGGAGACAGCUCCUUCUGCCCUUCCGAAAGCCGUUGAUAGUUUUCACUCCAAAAUCACUGUUGCGCCAUCCUGAAGCUCGGUCGAACUUCGAUGACAUGUUGCCAGGCACACAUUUCCAGCGCAUCAUCCCAGAAAGUGGUCUUGCUGCACAAAACCCUGAUGAGGUCAAGCGAGUUCUUUUCUGUGCUGGCAAAGUCUAUUAUGAUCUAACUCGAGAACGCAAAGCCCGCAGCAUGGAAGCAGAUGUAGCCAUUACAAGGGUGGAGCAGCUAUCCCCUUUUCCCUUUGACCUCCUGUUGAAGGAAUUUCAUAAAUAUCCAAAUGCAGACCUUGUUUGGUGUCAAGAAGAACACAAAAACCAAGGAUAUUAUGAUUAUGUGAAGCCCAGACUUCGCACAACCAUUGACCGUGCAAAACCAGUAUGGUAUGCUGGGCGUGAACCUGCUGCUGCACCAGCCACAGGCAACAAAAAGACUCACCUGACUGAACUGCAGCGCUUCUUGGACACUGCCUUCAACCUAGACUCAUUCAAGGGCUUAUUUUAGAUAUAUUUUGGAUCUGGCUCCACAGAGCACUGUGCGUGUGCGUGUGUUUCUUUUUCCUGCUCAGUUCUUUUCUAUGUCUUUGACUGUAGAUCCUGUAAACUAACUUAAGGCAUCUAUUAUUAACUGCUUGUUGGCUGUUGAGGAACUGUGCUGCAGCUCAAACUUCUGGAAUAGUGUGAUGUCACUCCGGAAGUCCCCAUAUCCUUCCUGAAAGAUCUGGAACUAGUCAGCUCCACUGCUCCAGAAUCAAGGCUUUGGAGGGGCUGGCUUUUGCCUCCCAAAUGAGUCUCUGUGUUGGAGACUAUAGGCAGUGCCUGAGUCAUAGUGUCUAACCCUGGUUUUGAACCCAAAACACAAAUGUAUCCACCUAACAGGAGAAGAGAUGCCGUCUUCUUUUUCCUUCUCCUGACUCAAUAUAACUGUUUGCUUUAGCUCUUCAGUUGCACGAGAUUUUCCUUUUCCUUCAGCUCCAAAUUCCCAGCCCAGAUGAUCUUGGCCUGGCACCCCAGUCUUCACUGCAUUUUCCUAUGUUUAGGAACAUAGCCAGUAUGUUUAGCCUCAUAUUGAUUGUGCAGAUACUUUCAAAUUCAGGCCAUUUUUCUGCAGAAGGUUGAUUUCCUUAAACAAAGGAGACAGAGUAAUCCAGAAGGCACAGAUCUGAUUUCCUUGUUUAACAAAGCUGCCAUCCUUGGAAAUCCUCUGUCACUUCCUGGGUAGAAGUCUGUGUUAAAGGAAUCUUAUAUAUAUAUUCAUAUCAUAUGAGCCCUCAGGUUUGCUUAGUUUUGAGGCUCCAACUCUGUAAUUAGAGAAAGCUGUAUUUGGAAAGAAUGAAAAAUCAUUGGUUCUCCACAAGGCAAUUUCACUUUUGGGAAAAUACAUUAUGAAUGCCUCACCAUGUUGUGUCCUUGCUCUUACCAUGUCUACAUAUGGAACAGCAGCUCCAUUUGAGACUGUAAUCUGUCACUUGAGCACCAGGGUCAAUUUUUCACCAUUCACAGUUAUAUAGUCACCUUGCACACUUUUUUCUGAGAUUCAGGUUGGCCAGAGGCCACUGUUUGCUGCAUGUUUGCUUCGAAUAUUUCUUCCUGAACAUUUACUUCACAGUAUUAACUCUGCGUUUAAUCUGAGCUGUCAAGUACUAUUUGUGCAUAUGGCAUUUGCAGAUGUGGCAUUGACUGAAAUAUGUUUGCAGGUUUUUUGAAAGCUAAAAUCCUGUUUUUGUCUACAUAAAACUUUAGACGAGACCUGCAUCAUGCCUGCCUAGUAUUAUUGAUAUACUCUGAAAACAACCAUUUUUACGUCAGUGCACACAACUUUCUCUCUGGGUAGCAUUUCUACCUGAGGUGCUACUUGGUCUGGAUUCUUGUAGGUCUUUGAGCUAAGAUUGUAAGCAGAGUUUAUCUGUGCAUGCACUUUUAACUUGAGAAGUAACAACCUGCUUCUUAUUGAGGAACUGUGAGAUUCAGGAACAAGACAAACACAGCCUAUGUAGGGAGACCCUGCUUAAUGAAAGCAAAUCUCUUCAAUGACUUUAAAUGGACAAUUUUAGAAGUCAUUCCUCUCUCUGAGCUUUGCAACUUCUUUUGAUUGUAGCCUUCUGUUUUUCUGGUGCUUCUCAUAUGUUGGAGUUCCUUCUGAUUUUUCAUUAUAUAACCCAUUCCCAGACUACCACCCCUUUGAGGAACUAGAAAGUUCUCAUAGUGUUCUGAGAAUAGCUCGUUUGAUUCUCUGCGAGUCUGAAAUUGUCUAUGUACACAUCCAUGCGCACAAUGGAACAUCUCAACUGCCCUUGGCAGUGAUGGUGUAACUCAUCUCUCACUUGAAAUGCACAGACUAAAGAAUAACCACAUUUCAGCCCUCAUGCACUUGUGGCACUUGGCCAUCCUUUUUCACUGAUAACUGGCAAAUGCUUUCAGUCACAGGAAUUAUGCAGGGCUCUGCCAGCAAUAGAAUGUACUUCAAUAUUUUUCUGUCCCUCCCUUUUUAUGUAACAUCCUAUGGUGAAUGCAGCAGUGAUUUUAUUUGCCCAAGGCAGUUCAGGAGAUAAAAUCCUCAACCCAGUAGAGCCUGUCUUGAACACACAACACGUGGAAUUGCACUUCCUUCUAAGCCUGUGUCUAUUUUUUGUCAGUCUCAUUAGCUUAUGAACAGCUGCUGUCAUGCCAUAUUGGAACCUAUUUUCCUUUCCCAGCCAGCUGAUGUUCUCAGCUGUCUUCUGUGAGAAAUGUCCAACUCUCCAUCAAUCUACUUAAUCUCCCAGUCACUACUGAAAGAAAUUACAGCUUUUUCUAUUCCCUGGCUUGCUUCUGUGUCUGCUGCCACCCAUACCAAAAGUAUGUGCCAUCUUGUGAAUAAAGAUUUUUCUAUUACAUAAGUAUCCAUGCUGCUUCACUAGUGGAACCAGCAUGCUUCAAAAGUGAUGUCCUCUGUUCCAAGGGAGGCUGUCAGGAUUCUUGUGUUUAUGGUUACUCCAAGCCCACCUGCAAAACAGUUCCCUUAGCUCAGCUAAAUAAAUAAGUAAACUUGAGUCUAACUUAUGCCAAAACAUGAACUAGUGAAAGUGGGAAGUUGUCUAUACUAGGUUUGCACAACUCUGGAGCUCCCCUCAGACUUGCAGCUUGUUGUGAUUAUUUUGGUUUUAAAAUGAGAAUCAGAGACUGUCUGGCUUAAACAAUAAAGCCUGAACUUCUGUCCAAA